AUGAGUGAAGAAGAUAAUGUAAGUACACCAAGCACUGAUUAUGCAUUCUCACUUACAGAAGAUGACUAUCACACCAAAGUGAAUGUGACUAUGGGUGGUAUUUGUAUUCCAAUGAUAAUAGACUCAGGAGCGAGUUGUAAUGUUGUAGAUAAACAGCUAUGGGAAGAACUAAAGGCUAAGAAGAUAGUGUGUGCUUCAACUAAAGUUAAUAAGAAUUUGUAUCCAUACGGAAGUACAGACCCAAUUGAAGUGAUAGGCACUUUCACUACAAAUAUGUCAGUUGAGAACAGUAACAUUGUUGAGGCCGAAGUGAUGGUCAUUAAAGGAAUAGGAAAAUUGAAAGAUUUUCAGUUAGAGAUUCCCAUUGAUGAAACAGUGUCUCCAGUAGCCCAGUCACUGAGAAGAAUUCCAUUCAAUUUACGAGAAAAAUUAGAAAAUAAACUUGAUGAAUUAGAAAAAUUGGAUGUGAUUGAAAAGGCUGAUGGCCCUACACCAUGGGUGUCACCUGUAGUUGUGGUACCUAAAGGAGAAAAUGACAUUCGUCUAUGUAUCGAUAUGAGGAGAGCGAACGAAGCGAUAAUUCGAGAAAGGCAUCCAAUCAAUCCCAUCCUCGUCGCCAAUUUGUAG